AUGGAACGGCUUGACGAGACGAAAUGCUGUAGUAUGAUGCGGAGAUUGAUCCAGCUAAUAAAACAACUUCAUAAGCGGAUUGCUAGCCCGCCACAAAUUGCAAAUCUAACGCAUGCCGUCAGCAGCAUCUGCGAUUUGCUCUAUGAAUUUGAGGGCUGGCUGGCGCGUAAUAUUAAUCGAGUCCCGGAACGGAAAAUAGCUGUUAAAGCACUUCGCCAAGCGAUCGACAGCCUGAAUAGCAAAGUUUUGGGGAAUAUGGAGGAGAUCACGAAAAAGAGCAAAUCAGCUAUAGAUCUGAAUCGUCAGUGCGGAAGCCCUUGGAAUGCUACUCCUACUCGAAAACCUAACACGCUGCCGAAACCGCCUUGGGAGCGUCAAAAGUACAAUCGUCCUCCAAGUUCUUGGAUUCCAUCUAGAGAAUUGCAACGACUAAAACUUAAGACGAAAUCGCAAAGCGAGCCAAGACCGGCACUGCCGCGCAGGAAUUUACGGCCGGUUCAGAAUAUUCCGAAACAUCCUGAAUCCGAAACAGUCGAUUCCUAUCGUAAAGCUCUGGAACGGAAAUGGGGUCCAAUCUUGCAAAAUGAUGAAGCUUAUAUAAAAUCGCUAAAUUCAGAUAUCAAUGGGAAAAAAGCUUACAGAUUAGUCCAAUCAAUUACCAAAGAAGUGGUACGACGCUUGGAAAAAGAGCAUCAUAUAGUGUUUGCUGACCCA